GGUUUACAGCUUGUCAGUUACCGGCGCGCGCUCUCCAGUCCAGCCUCACGCCACUCAGCCAUCUGCUAUCCCUUCCCAUCCGCCGGCUCGUCUCGACGCCGGCACGCCAGUGUCGCCGCGAUGCUCCUCCUCUUCAGACAACCUGUCCUCUCCGUCCCGGCCCUGUCGCCCUUCCCCUCCCCCUCCACCUCGCGCUUCCGCCCCCUCCCCUGCACCACCUCCUCCACAUCUGCUUCCACAGCCGCAUCCGAAAACGACACCGCCACCGCCACGCCCUCCUCCUCCUUCUCGGUGGAAGAGUACCUCGUGACCAGGUGCAACCUCUACCCCAACGUGGCCUCCCGCGUGGCGCCGGAGCUCUCGGCCAUCAAGUCCCCCUCCAAGCCCGACGCCGUUCUGGCCUUCCUCGCCUCCGCGCUCGAGCUCUCCCCGCCGCUCAUCGCUGUCGCCGUCGCGCGCGACCCGACGAUACUCACCUGCAGCGUGCCAAGGACGCUCGCGCCCCGCGCGGACGAGCUCCGCGCGCUCGGGUUCACCACCUUCCAGAUGGGCCUGCUCGUCGCGCGCUGCGGUGCUGCCGUCUUCCGCUCCCGUGCGCUCCCGGAAAAGAUCCAGUUCUGGCUUCCCUACCUUAGGGGCCGCGUCGACAAGCUCGUCGUCACGCUCAAGGGCAACCCUGGCCUCCUCACCGCCGACCUCCGGACGGCCAGGUCCACCAUCGCGCUGCUCCAGGAGGAGGGCACCCUCACUGACGAUGACGUUGGCUGGUUCGCCGCCUCCUACUGCUCCAAGCUGCUCGUCGCGAGCCCGGAAGAGGUAGACGCCGUCCUGGCCCGAGCCGACGAGUUCGGCGUGCCGCGCAGGACGCGGCCGUUCAAGGACGCGAUCGUCGCUGCGUUUAGCGCGACGCCGGAGAGGCUCGCCUGGAAGGUGGCGUUCUUCAGGGACGAGCUCGGGUGGACGGAGGCGCAGGUGAAGAUGGCGGCGGCCAAGAUGCCGACGCUGCUGACGGUCUCCGCGGAGCGGCUCCGGAGGAACUGGGAGUUCCUGACCAAGGAGGUCGAGAUGGACGCGGAGCGCGUUGCCAACUUCCCGGCGCUGCUCAGGUACGACCUGGAGGGCCGGCUCGUGCCGCGGUUCCAGGUGAUGAGGGUGCUGCAGGUGCGGCGGCUGUGGCGCGGUAGGGAUUUCAACAACAUUGCCGCCAUCACGGAGGAGGACUUCGUGGCCAAGUUUAUCAGGCCGUUCUUGGUCAAAGUCCCAAACUUGGCAAAGAUUUACGCGGCCGCCGUCGCCAAGAAGGAUGCUCAGUAGCUGAUAUAGUGUAGAAUCCAUGAGACGCUGAACCGCUGGAGAGCUCAUACUUGUGGAUUUCUCAACAUUGUCUGCUGGUAUAUGUAACUCCGAUGUAGAGUACAGUUUUGAUGUAAGUUUUUUUUAGAUGGUUUUGAUGUAAGAUUACAUAAUAGUAUGAAACUGAUGGACUGUGUAAACUGGUGUAUGUGUGGCAUAAUUGUGGCAUUUGCCAUUUUGCCAGAAUUGCAGUUCUGAACUUCUUUUAGUUAUGCUAUUUCUGUUUGAAUA